UAUCUUUCUUUUUAACAGAGAGGGUCCAUUUUGAUUGCUUGUGUGAGAAUCCUUCAUCAUGAUUUCUCCUGUGUUAGUCUUGUUGGUGAGCUUUCUUUGCCACUCUGUGACUGCAGGACGGACUUGUCCUAAGCCACAGGAGGUGCCAUUUUCCACAGUUAUUCCAUUAAAAAUGAGCUAUGAGGUAGGGGAACAAAUUGUGUAUAUUUGCAAGCCUGGUUAUGUGUCACGAGGCGGAAUGAGAAGAUUUACAUGCCCUCUUACUGGAAUGUGGCCCAUAAACACCCUGAAAUGUCAACCCAGAGUAUGUCCUUUUGCGGGAAUUUUAGAAAAUGGAGCUGUGCACUAUACAACCUUUGAAUACCCUAAUUCUGUGAACUUUACUUGUAAUAAAGGAUUUUAUCUCAAUGGAAGUGCUUCUGCUAAGUGCAUGGAUGAUGGAAGAUGGAGUCAUCCCCUACCCGUCUGCUCUCCUAUAACUUGUCCUCCACCAUCCAUACCUAAUUUUGCAACACUAAAACUGUAUACAUCAUUAGUUGAAAACAUCUCCUUCUAUCAAGAAACAGCCAUUUUGGACUGUUUGCCACAUUAUGCAAUGUUUGGAAAUGACACAAUAAGAUGCACAGAACAUGGGAAUUGGACUGAACUACCAGAAUGCAGGGAAGUAAGAUGCCCAUUUCCAACAAGACCAGAUAAUGGAUUUGUAAAUUAUCCCGCAAGUCAUGCACUUUUUUAUAAGGACAAAGCCACUUAUGGCUGCCAUGAGACAUAUGUCCUAGAUGGACCAGAAGUAGUCGAGUGUGAAAAAUUUGGAACCUGGUCUGCAUCACCAACAUGUAAAGCAUCUUGUAAAAUUCCUGUUAAAAAAGCUACUGUGCUAUACAAAGGAGAGAAGGUGAACAUCCAAGAUAAAUUUAAGAAUGGGAUUCUGCAUGGUGAAAUCAUUAGUUUCUUCUGUAAAGAUAAAGAAAGGAAAUGCAGUUACACUGAGGAUGCUCAGUGCAUAAAUGGGAAUUUUGAAAUUCCCAAUUGCUUCAAAGAACACAGCUCUUGGGCUUUCUGGAAAACAGAUGCAGCAGACAAACAACCAUGCUGAAGUUGUUACAAAUUCAAAAUUUAGUAUGAAAUAUUUGUAUCUCUUAAAAUAAAAGAUGGAAGAAAA